GAAGGCAACAGCAACUGCGAGUGGCCGGCUCCGGAGAUGGUGGCCUGGAGGAGAUGGUGGAGGAGCUCAACAGCGGGAAGGUGAUGUACGCCUUCUGUAGGGUGAAGGAUCCCAACUCCGGCCUGCCCAAAUACGUCCUCGUCAACUGGACCGGGGAAGGCGUGAACGACGUGAGAAAAGGAGCCUGCGCCAACCACGUCAGCACUGUAGCAAACUUCCUAAAGGGGGCUCAUGUCACCAUCAACGCGCGCGCGGAGGAGGACGUGGAGCCUGAACUCAUCAUGGAGAAGGUUGCCAAGGCCUCUGGGGCCAACUACAACUUCCACAAGGAGAGCAGCAAGUUCCAGGACUCAGGCCCUCAAGCUCCCGUGGGCUCUGUCUACCAGAAGACGAAUGCAAUGUCCGAAAUCAAGAGAGUCAAUAAAGAUAAUUUCUGGGCCAAAGCUGAGAAAGAUGAAGAAAACCGCCGGCUGGAGGAGAAGAGGAGGGCGGAGGAGGAGCGGCAGCGGCUAGAGAGAGAGCGUCGGGAGCGGGAGCUGCAGGAAGCGGCGGGGCGAGAACAGAGAUAUAAAGCGAGAUCCAACGAAAUCGAAGCCCAGAAGAGACUCCAGCAGCAACAGGAGGCAGAGAACAGGGACAGGGAGCAGCAGCAAUGGAAAGAGCAAGCCGAGGAGUACGAGGCCAGGCAGCGGAAGGGCUUCAAGAGAAGCGAAUCGGUGGAGAAAGCCCAGGAGGCUGCCUCGCUGAUAGCGCAGAGAGCGGUGAACCCCCGGGACAUCUUCAAGCAGAGGGAGAAGUCGGUGCCGGCGGACGCGGUGACGCCUUCCCAGCCAGGCAAGCUUCGCAGCCCUUUCCUGCAGAAGGAGGUGAACUCCGUGCCGAGCCCUGCCUCUCCUGUCUCUCCUGCCCGGGAUGUUCCCCCAGCCUCCUUCGCCCCCUCCUCUGCUUGGGGGACGCCUCCAGCCUCUCCGGUCCCCGCAGCAGGGCAAGACACUGCGUACAAUUCAAGCGUCCCAGCUUCCCACGCGGAAGAGGCAAAUCUGUACGAGGAGCCGCCGGACCCCUCGGCCAUCUAUGAAGAACCGCCUCAGGAACAAGUUGACGAUGCCAAAUACGACUACUCGGUUGAGUACCAGCAGCCGCCGGACCUGACGGGGAAGGGGCUGUGUGCGCGGGCGCUCUACGACUAUCAGGCUGCUGAUGACACCGAGAUCUCGUUUGAUCCGGAGAACAUCAUCACCAACAUCGAGAUGAUCGACGAAGGCUGGUGGCGCGGCUACGGUCCCGACGGCCACUUCGGCAUGUUCCCUGCCAAUUAUGUGGAACUGAUAGAGUAAGGGGGGCUGGCGGGGGCUGUGGGGACCAGAGCUGCUCCGUCCCCCCGGGAGCACUUGGCUCCAGCCUGAUUCUUCCAAACGAUAUGUGGCUUUUAUUUCUUCUUCUUUUUUUUUUUUUCUCUCUCUCUCCAAGUGAAGUGCCAUUGCCCUGCUCCCUCCGCAGCAGGGCUGACCCAGGCGCUGCUCUCCUCCGCCCUCUCCCGUCCCCUGUAGCUGGCCCUUGGUCGGGAUGAAGGGUCCGAUCCCAUCCUGAGCCCCUGCAGUGCUGAUCUCCCCCUCCUCCCUCUGGUUUGGAGCGUGAAUUCUCUUUCAGGGCUGAAGGAGGGGAUGACACAUCCCUUAUGGGGCAUUUUCAGGGAACAAAUUGCCUCUCCCCCCGCGCUCCCUCCGACCCGUGGCCUCAGAACCGGUGUGGCCACGAUGGAGAAACCGCUUUCCCCAUUUCAGCUCGCUGACGAAGCUCACUGGAUCGCUUUUAGCAUCUCGUAGGGUCUAACACCACCUAGAGAGCCAAAACCUGGCUCCACAGCGUUGCCCCCACCACCCCGAGCACCCAAGAGCUCGCCACUGGGGCUGCCACGAGCGUCCCUGUGUUUUCCUCCCUGCUGUCCCCACCGGAGGGGUUUUCCCCGCCCUUCCCUCUCCCCAAACUAUGCUGCGGGGAUUUAAAUCAUGUGUGAGCAAGCUCCCCUGCGGAGGAGAUCCAGCGAGGCCAAAGUGGGUGGUUUGUGGUUUGGGUUUUUUGGGUUUUUUUUUUUUUUUUUUUAGCAGAACCUGUGAGCGUGGGAUCCCCCCUCCCCCCCGUCACCACAAAUUCACUGUGAACAAGGAAGAGCCCAGCCCAGCUGCCACCU